CUCCCGUGCGCGGCCCCGAGUCCAGUGCGCGUUCACGCCGCAGACCCACAAACCCACAUCAGAACAUGAGAGUGCUAUGUAUGUGUGUCAAGGGCACGAGAUAACACGAGAUUCAUAGCGGAAUAAACCGUCAUGUUGGUUUAGAUGGAGUGACCGGAUCCGCGUCGGUUCUGCUGCGGGUUCGGCUGCUGAUCUGAACGGGUUCUGCGGAAUUCGGGCCUGAUUCUGCGGGGGGGGGUUUCCUCUCGGCUGUGGAUUUAAAUGGACACACGAGUCGCGAUUCUGAUCCGAAUCUGAUGCGCGUGAAUGAAACGCCGAGAUUCUGCAGCUGAAUAUAAACAUCUGUAAUAAUAAUCUGAAUAUAAACAUCUGUAAUAAUCUGAAGUCAUUAAUGUGGUGAUCUUAAGCAUCGACUCCAUUUUGGAUCUGUUUUCAGAUUUUAUUGAUGCAUUUAUUGAUCUGAAUGAUCUGUUUGCUGUUAUUAUUGUUUAUUUAGAUGAUAAACGCGUGCAUAAUUAUUAUUAUUAUUAUUAUUGUGCGCGGUUCUUUCACAUAUUGAUCUGAUCGGUUUCAUCAGAAUCAAAGACACGAGCAUCUCUGGUUCUGAUUCGGUUCUGGAAUGAUGAUGAUGAUGAUGAUGGCAGAGUUUGGCUCGUGAAUGAGGGGGAUGAAAUCUGCCCUGCCGACACACAUGAUGAUGAUGAUGAUGAAGAGCUGAUGAUGAAGAUGAUGCUGGAGUCACAGAAUGCGAGUCAGGAGAUCGGUGAGGAGGUGGAGGAUGGAGUCGUGUUCAGUAUCUCUCUGAGGAAGGUCCAGAUGUAUCAGACGGGCGGUAAAGGUCAGCGCUGGUUGGGUGUGGACUCAGACGCAUCCGUCAGUCUGUAUGACACGUGUAAACUGCGGACCAUUAAAGCGGGAACACUGGAGCGUCUGGUGGAGUACAUGGUGACCGCCUUCAGAGGAAAUGACUCCACAUACGUCACCAUCUUCCUCUGCACGUACAGAACGUUUGCUACAACCAAACAAGUGCUCGACCUCCUGCUCAACAGAUAUGCUAAACUGCAGCAUCAGCACGGCGGUGAAGCUCGAAGAAUGACCCCCGAUGAACGCACUGAACUCAGGAACACUAUCUCCUCUAUACUGGGCGCCUGGUUGGAUCAAUAUUCCGAGGACUUCUGGAAACCUCCGGAAUACAGCUGUCUGAGACGACUGAUCCACUAUCUGCAUCUCAACUUCCCCGGCUCUGAUCUGGAGCGACGCGCAUGUAACCUCUUGACGCAGUUCCACCGCAGACUCCAGCAGGAAUCAGACCAGGACGCGUUGGAUCAGGGAUGUUGCGCUUUCACACUGCUGGAGGAGAACGGAUUCCACGAAGAUCGGCCUGAUUUCCUGACCUUUGACCCUACAGUGGUGGCGGAGCAGUUUACUCUCAUGGAUGCAGAGCUGUUUAAGCGUGUGGUGCCGUAUCACUGUCUGGGCAGCAUCUGGUCUCAGAGAGAUAAGAAAGGAAAAGAACAUCUGGCGCCGACCAUCAGAGCAACCGUCAGCCAGUUCAACCGCGUCACCAACUGCGUCAUCUCCACCUGCUUGAGUGACCGAACACUCAAACCCGCCCAGAGAGCGCGAAUACUGGAGCACUGGAUCCAAGUGGCCCGAGAGUGUCGGAUCUUGAAGAAUUUCUCGUCUCUGCGUGCGAUUCUGUCGGCGCUGCAGUGUAACCCGGUUCACCGCCUCAAGAGGACGUGGGACGAGGUGUCACGUGAAAAUAUUCGCAUCUUCCAGGAGCUUUCCGAGAUCUUCUCUGAUGAGAACAACCACUCACUGAGCCGAGAACUGCUCAUAAAGGAGGGAACAUCUAAAUUUGCCACUCUGGAGCUGAACCCGAAACGAGCCCAGAAGCGGCAGCAGCCACAGAGAGAUCUGACAGUGAUGCAGGGAACCAUUCCUUAUCUGGGAACUUUCCUCACAGAUCUGGUGAUGAUGGAUACGGCCAUGAAAGACUAUCUGGACGGUGGCCUGAUCAACUUCGAGAAGAGAAGAAAGGAGUUUGAGGUCAUCGCUCAGAUCAAGUUGUUACAGUUAGCGUGUAAUAAUUAUAAUUUUCAGCGUGUGUCUGGUUUCAGCGCGUGGCUCUCCAGCGUGGAGAAACUGACAGAGGCAGAGAGUUAUAGUCAGUCGUGUGAGAUCGAGCCGCUCUCUGAAUCGGCCUCAAACACACUCAGAGCCAAGAAGAGUUCUGGAAUCAUGAAGAGAUGGAGCGAUCGUCAGCCGGUGGGUUCUGGUGAAGGCGGUUCCAGCAGUUCUCACUCAAAGUCUUUCGAUCAGCUGCGUUUCCCGCCGUGUUUGAGCGGUUCAGUGGGCGACGGUUGCGACUCUCUCAGUGUGACAUCAGCGGGCUCGAGCAGCUCUGACGUGGAGGAGGUCAACAUCAGCUUCAUCUCUGAGUCACCGGACGCUCUGGAGAGGAAGAUGUCAACGCCCUUCGUAAAACAUUCCAAUU